ACUCGGCGGAGGGGCCACGCGCCGCCAUUUUGCUGGGCGCCUCGGGGGAGGAGGAGGUGGUCGCGAAGGCUUCGUCCCCCACCUCGUUCUUGACUCGUUCUUCUCGGCGCUCCGUUGUUCCUCGAAGCCACCAUGGUGAAGCUCUUCGUGGGCAACCUGCCGUCCGACACGGAGCCGAGCGCGCUGCGCGAGCUCUUCGAGAAGUACGGGCAGGUUAACGACUGCGACGUGAUGCGCAAUUACGCGUUCGUGCACAUGGAGAAGGAGAUGGACGCCAAGACGGCGAUCCAGCUGCUGCACAAGUCCAGCUUCGGCGGCAACCGCAUCAACGUGCUCUACUCCACCACGAACGUGCGCAACGCCGUCAAGGUGUUCGUGGGCAACGUGGACCCCUCCGUGACCACCACGCAGAUCAAGGAGCUGUUCGGCGAGUACGGCCGCGUGCUCGAGUGCGACAUCGUCAAGGACUUCGCCUUCGUGCACAUGGAGCGCGGCUCGGCAGCAGAGGACGCCAUCUCCGCCUUGCACGGCAACUUGCUGGGCGGCCGCACCAUCAACGUGAAGCUCUCCGUCAGCCACAUGCACCGAGGAGAGGAGGGAGGAGACGGCGGUGGUGGCGGUGGCUACCGCAACGGAGGCCCCAUGCCGCCGAUGCCGCCGCACCAUCACCACCACCACCACCCGCACCACCCGCCGCCUCCACCGCCACCACCGCCGCCUUUCGUGGCCUACCCCCUGCCGCACCCUCACCACCACCUGGGCUACGGGCGGCCCUACCCGCCGCCUCCACCGCCGCCUCCUCCACCCCCACCGCCCUCGCACCUCCCGGCUCACUUGGCUGCUGCCGGUGGGGGUGGCGGCUUCGGGCGGCCCUACCCGGGCAUGGGGGGCCCUCGGCCCGGCGACCGCGGCGGCUUCUUCGACGAUCGCUUCGGGGGCUCCCGAGGGCGGCCCGCGCCGCCGCUGCCGCCCGCGUACGCGCCCGACCCCUACUACGAUCGCCGCCCGCUGCCGCCGCCUCCUCCGCCGCCCCGAGACCCCUACUACUACCGCUCGGUCGGGGCUAGGGAGCGCAGCCCGCUUAGCCGCGGCUUCGGGGGGGGCUCGCUGGGGCCCUCGGGGGGGGGGCCCGCGAUGUUCGCGCGGCGCGCCAUGAGCCCGGGGGGGGGGCCCUCUGCGCGCUACCGCAUGGGCUCGAGUCUCGACCGCGACGACGCGUACGGCCGAUUCAACGGGGAUCGCAGGGGCUACUAGCGGGACGAGGAGGAGGAGGCCUCUGGGGACCACGAUGGGUCACUCGCUCGGCGGGGGGGGGGGUCCACAUUCGUCGUCGUCCCGCGCUCUCUCGCCCCUUCCACGUGGCGGCUGCGGCGUCUCUCGGGGCCCGCAUUUGCGCGGCCGUCGUUCUCCCCCCCCCCCCUCCCCACGACUUCAUUCCCCGUCUAAGCUGAGAGCGGGGACCCCCCCUUUCUCUCUCGUCUACUACCCCCUUGUGUUUUAACGCGUGAGGCCGUCGUCACCACCCCCGACAUCCCCAAUCCCCCCGCGCUGUUUGUUUUGUUGGAGCCCGGGAAGAGACUCGCGGGUUCAGGCGGCACCGCUGGCGCGACGCGGGGUCUUAGGUUGGGGUUCGCUCUUGUUUCUCGUGAGAAUUGCGUUUUAAUCUCUCCGAUCUUUCCGUAGUUGCAGUGAUUUGUCGGCGGAUGUUCUUUAAUAAUUUUAGAAGAUACCUUUUGUUUAAUAUUAAAACUACAUUCAUAAAACACUCGCGGGUCAUGGCGGAGGUAAACGGAUAAAACAAAACGCUCGGCUCGGCCCUGUACGCGCUGUUUGUAAUAAACUCCAUCUCCCGACUCUUGGA